AUGUCAAACCAUUAUUUUCCUUUGAUUGCUGAUCGAACUAAAUGCAAAUGUGGGGCCAUGGGUAAGAAAAGUGUCCCUCUUUCUAAAAAAGCCAAGGUCAUUGAGGUUGGUGAAAGUUCUAAGGGAUCGGGAUGGGAUAAAACCCGAUUUGCCACUGCUGCGAUUCAAGACUAUUUUGAGCAAAAUUUGAAGGAGAGAAAAAUAAGCCAUGCCUCUCAGCCACUUGUGGAAGCUUUCUAUGCCUACGCUGCUUGCAAGGAUACCUUGCGAUUCCGAGUGCUAUGCCUUCCUGACAAAAAUAUUUGGCAACAUGACACCCAUGGCAAUCCCAAGAGUAUUCUACGCUGUAAUCUGAACAGGACAACUCGUAUUUGGUGGCACUUCUUGGCAUCUAAUGUGAUCCCAGUGACCCAUAUGAGCGAUGUGAUUGAUCAAGCUGCCCUGUUAUAUACCUUGAUAAUGAGGCAACCUGUUGACUUUCCAAAAAUCAUGUUUGAGUAUAUGCGAAAGUUGCCUAGAAGCAGAUAUCGCAAGCAGCCAUUUGGGUUCCCACACUUGAUUACUCAAGUAUGCUUAGAGAAGAAGGUUCCUACUUAUCCGAAGGAUCUCAUAUCCCUCCUUUGCCCAAGUUCAAUUAUAGAGAAAUUCGAUGUGCUGAGGGACCAAGAGGAAAUCAAGCUGCGGAUGGUACCCAUUUGGCAUAUGCAAGUCAUAGGCCCAGAAGGAUUGGAAGUGAUACUUGAAGGAUUGACAAUCUUUGAAGAAACCGAGUCUCCUAAUUCUGAAAGAACUCCUGAAUCGGGAAACAUGGCAGAAGACCAGUAUGACACCGCCUCAGUCAAUGACUUUGCUAACCGGAAUCUGAGGGGUACUCAAUCUUGUAUUCGAAUGCCGGAGUUUCAAGCACAUACUUUUGAGAUCAAGCCCGCCAUGAUCACAAUGCUUCAAAUGAAUGGUGUGUUUCAUGGUCUAUUCAAUGAAGAUGCUAACAAGCACUUGAUGUCUUUUGUGGAAGUAUGUGAUUCUUUCAGACAAAAUGGGGUGCCUAAAGAUGUCUUGCGCUUGCGUUAUUUCCAAUUUCUCUACAAGACAAGGCUAAAGAAUGCUUGGGAGAGAUACAAGAUGUUGAUGAAGAAAUGCCCUAAUCAUGGAGUGGACAAAUGGGUAGUGAUUCAGAUUUUCUGUAAUCGUCUGAAUCCAUCUUCGAAGGCCAUGGUUGAUUCUAUCACAAAUGGGGGAUAUCGGAAUGUGCCUGUCAAUGAAGUUUUUCGCCUCUUAGACCAAUUGUCUGCGAAUAACACUCAAAACACGGAUAGAAGGAAUACAUCAAUGGUGACUAGUGCUAAAGAUGAUUCCUCUUCCCAGAUUGUAUCCAUCUUGAAUGCAAUGAACAAGCGUUUUGAUGUGUUGGAAUCUCAAAUGCAAAGGGAAAUUCUCAUAAUGUGCAUGCUGUCCAAGCCAUUCCAAUUGUUCAAUGAGUUUGAGACGGUUGCUCUAACAAAGAGUUGUACGGAUAUCAUUAAGCAACUACCUCAAAAGUUGAAGGAUCCCGGUAGCUUCUCAAUUCCGUGUCAUAUUGGGAAUAAAUUUUUGGGUAAGGCAUUAUGUGAUCUUGGAGCUAGUAUCAAUCUUAUGCCUCUCUCUAUUUUCAAUAAAUUGGAGUUGGGUGAAGCUAGACCAACAACCGUGACUUUGCAAUUAGCGGAUAGAAGCUUGGCUUAUCCACGUGGUGUUAUUGAAGAUGUUCUUGUAAAAGUGGAUAAAUUCAUUUUUCCGGUUGAUUUCAUUGUCCUUGAUUGUGAGGUGGAUCGUGAUAUUCCUAUUAUCUUAGGAAGACCAUUCUUGGCAACUGCUAGAACCUUGAUUGAUGUUGAAAAAGGUGAGCUUACUAUGAGGGUGGAUGAUGAGCAAGUCACUUUUAACAUGCACAAGUUGAUGAAAUCUCCCAAAGAUCUUGAGCAAUGCUUCUUUGUUGAUAUGCUUGAUCAAGUUGCACAAGAAGAAUUCAAUAAGGCAAUUCCUAAUGAUUUUUUAGAAGCCUUGUUACUAGGAGCUCAAUUAAAGACUCAAGAUGGAGAAGAGUGUAUGGCUAUCAUGAAUGCAUCACCGGUUUAUCCUAGAAACCGUGUCCAAUUUGAAUCUCUAGACUUAUCUUCUCUUGGUAGACCAUCUUUGAAAUCCUCUAUUGAAGAGCCACCAUAUCUUGAGUUGAAGACAUUACCUUCUCAUCUUCGGUAUGUCUAUUUAGAAGCCAACAACACUUUGCCAGUGAUUAUUGCUGCGGACUUGAAUGAACAACAAGAAGAGCAACUUGUGGAAGUCUUGAAAGCUCACAAGAGAGCUAUUGGGUGGACUAUUGCCGACAUAAAGGGUAUUAGCCCUUCAAUUUGCAUGCAUAAGAUUUUCCUUGAAGACAAUCAUAAAACUUCUGUGGAACAUCAAAGAAGGUUGAAUCCUAUUAAAGAAGUUGUGAAAAAGGAGAUCUUAAAAUGGCUUGAGGCGGGCAUUGUCUAUCCUAUUUCUGAUAGCUCUUGGGUGAGUCCAGUUCAAUGCGUUCCAAAAAAGGGAGGCAUGACUGUAGUGGCUAACACCCACAAUGAGCUAAUUCCUACUCGCACUGUCACUGGGUGGAGAGUAUGCAUGGAUUACCGGAAGCUAAAUGCGGCCACUAGGAAAGAUCACUUUCCUCUUCCCUUUAUCGACCAAAUGCUUGACAAAUUAGCUGGAAGGGAAUUCUUUUGCUUCCUUGAUGGGUAUUCAGGCUAUAACCAAAUUGCCAUAGCUCCAGAGGAUCAAGAAAAAAUGACAUUUACUUGUCCUUAUGGAACUUUUGCUUUCAAGCGCAUGCCUUUUGGGUUAUGCAAUGCACCGGCCACUUUUCAAAGGUGUAUGAUGGCAAUUUUCUCUGAUAUGAUUGAGCAAACUAUGGAAGUCUUCAUGGAUGACUUCACGGUUUUUGGGGAUUCAUAUGAGGAAUGUUUGAUCAACUUGGCCAAUGUAGUCUCCAAAAAUGGCUUGGAGGUAGAUAGAGCCAAAAUUUUGGUGAUUGAGCAACUUCCUCCACCUACUAAUGUUAAGGGUGUGAGGAGUUUUCUUGGUCAUGCGGGAUUUUAUCGCCGCUUCAUUAAAGACUUCUCCAAAAUAGUCAAGCCUCUUUGCACUCUUCUUGAGAAAGAUGCUGAAUUUAAAUUUGAUGAUUCAUGCUUGAAAGCAUUUGAAGAGUUGAAGAAAAGACUUGUGUCUGCGCCUAUCAUGAUGGCUCCUGAUUGGAGUUUGCCUUUCAUUGUGAUGUGUGAUGCUAGUGACUUUGCUGUGGGUGCUAUGCUUGGCCAAAAGAAAGAAAAAGUACUUCACCCAAUUUACUAUGCUAAAACACUUGAUGAUGCUCAAGAAAACUACACCACAACUGAAAAAGAGCUUCUUGCAGUGGUGUUUGCUUUUACCAAGUUUAGAUCGUAUCUUGUGGGUACUAAGGUGACAGUUUACACUGACCAUUCAGCUUUGAAGUACCUAUUCAGCAAGAAGGAGUCUAAAGCAAGGUUAAUUCGAUGGGUACUACUUCUACAAGAAUUUGACUUGGAGAUUAUUGAUAGGAAGGGUACUGAGAAUCAAGUGGCGGACCAUCUUUCUAGGUUGAGUACUGAUACUCAACUUAAAUGUAAUGUUGUUAUUGAUGAAGCUUUUCCUGAUGAGCAACUCUUUAAGGUUGACAAUAUUCAAACACCGUGGUAUGCGGACAUUGUCAACUAUCUUGUUUGUGGCAUCUUGCCCUUUGAUUUGAAGUUUCAUCAAAAGAAGAAGUUUCUCCAUGAUGCUAAGUUGUAUUUUUGGGAAGAACCCUAUCUGUUUCGCCAAUGUGCUGAUCAAAUGAUCAGAAAGUGUGUUCCUGAGUGUGAAAAGUGUGAUAGGUGCCAAAGGAUGGGUAAUAUCUCUAGAAGGAAUGAAAUGCCACUCAACAACAUGCUUGAAGUAGAACUGUUUGACGUGUGGGGCAUAGACUUCAUGGGACCAUUUCCCAUGUCUUUCAACAAUCAAUAUAUCCUUGUGGCUGUAGACUAUGUCUCAAAAUGGGUCGAAGCGGCGGCAUUUCCCACUAAUGAUGCUAAAGUGGUGCUCAAGUUCUUGAAGAAGCAUAUUUUCACCCGUUUUGGAGCACCAAGAGCCAUUGUGAGUGAUGGUGGUACUCAUUUUUGCAACAACCAAUUUCAAUCUCUCUUGAAGAAAUAUGGUGUCAAGCACAAGGUUGCACUUGCUUACCAUCCUCAAACUAACGGGCAAGCUGAAAUCUCUAAUCGGGAAAUCAAGAAGAUACUUGAGAAGACGGUAGGAGUGGCAAGAAAAGAUUGGUCCACCAAACUUGAUGAUGCAUUGUGGGCUUAUCGAACGGCUUACAAAACUCCUAUCGGCAUGUCUCCAUACCGGUUAGUUUUUGGGAAAGCAUGUCAUCUACCCGUAGAGCUAGAACAUGGUGCUUAUUGGGCUGUCCAAAAGCUCAACUUUGAUUUUAAAGCCGUGGGUGAAAAGAGACUUCUCCAACUAAAUGAACUUGAUGAAUUUCGGUUAAAUGCCUAUGAGAAUGCUAGGCAAUACAAGGAGAAGACAAAGAGAUGGCAUGACAAGAAAAUUUUAUGCAAAGCAUUUGAGCCAGGCCAAAAAGUACUCUUUUAUAACUCUAGAUUGAGAUUAUUUCCUGGCAAACUCAAGUCUAGAUGGUCGGGACCGUUCAAUGUGGUCCAAGCAUUCCCUCAUGGUGCUAUUGAGCUAGAGAGCAGUGAAGGAGAAAGAUUUAAAGUCAAUGGACAACGAGUGAAGCAUUACUGGGGUGGUGAGGUAGAUCGUGAAGCAAUUACCUUGCCCUUAUCUGAGCCUCUUGAAGGAGAGAAGAGUCAGGCUGAAUGA